UGGCUUAAACCCUAGCAGUCUCUCUCUCGUCACUGGGACGCCUCUUCCUUGGAACUUCCAUUCCAGUCCUCAAGAGGUUGCAGUUAGGAAGCUGUGGGUAGUUUGAAGAGCAUGUCGAAUCCAAAGGUUUUCUUCGACAUAUUGAUUGGUAAGAUGAAAGCGGGCAGGGUUGUAAUGGAGCUGUUUGCUGAUGUCACGCCCAAAACUGCUGAAAAUUUUCGCGCUCUGUGCACCGGGGAGAAGGGGAUUGGUAGAGCCGGGAAACCACUGCAUUACAAGGGAUCGUCCUUUCACCGCAUAAUCCCAAACUUCAUGUGUCAAGGCGGGGAUUUCACUAGGGGCAACGGAACCGGCGGGGAGUCUAUAUAUGGAAUGAAAUUUGCAGAUGAGAACUUCAAAAUGAAACACACCGUCCCAGGAGUGCUGUCAAUGGCGAAUGCGGGACCCAACACCAAUGGCUCUCAGUUCUUUAUAUGCACCGAGAAGACCCCGUGGCUUGAUGGGAAGCAUGUCGUGUUCGGGAAGGUCGUGGACGGGUAUAGUGUGGUUAAGGAGAUGGAGAGUGUGGGUUCUGAUAGUGGAAGCACGAGGGAAACAGUUGUAAUAGAAGACUGCGGUCAGCUAUCGGAGAAUUGAUGGCUUACACUGUCUAGGAAGGUGAAUUUAAAAUACUUGUCUAGACUGCUUAUAUCAUUGUGGAAUGAUCGAAGCAAGUAUUGCUCGUCAAGAUAAUUGAAUUUCAAUGGCGCAAAAUGUCGUGGUUAGAUUGUCGACGUCUUUGUGUGCAUUGGAAUGAUGCCUAUGGCUAAAUCGGUACUGAGUUAUAA